GACAGCAGCGAGUACAGCAGGCGAAGAGGCAAAGAAAUCGGGCCCAGAGGAAGGGCAGUAAGGCACUGUGAUGCCGAAGCACAAGAAGGAGAAAGCAGGCCCUGGGAUGAGGCACCAGCCUCUAGCCACACAGAUUGCUCUCGAUGGGAAGCCUCAAGACAAAGGAAAAAAGAAGACGGUGGUGGCCGGCAGCAAGAGGUCCAAGAGGGCGGCCGCGGCCAGAGCCAGAAGCAACGGCGACGGCGGCCGCGGAAAUGACGACGACGACGAUGACGAAGGCGAUGGCUACCUUCCCCCCAAGAUGACCAAGAGGAUUCUUGAGCAGGCCCGCGAGCAGCGGGACGAGAUGGAGGAAGAGGAGGAGGAGGAGGCUGAGGCACCGGGGGUGGCGGGGGGGGGGG